AUGAGCGACCAGGAGGCGCUGGAAUCAUACCACUGCGAGCUGGAAGCCUGGACAUCGCGCACCCGGCGCCACACGAAUGCCCUCUUCUUUAUCACGGUCGGGGGUGGACGCCGCUUCGCGCACUACAACGUUUCUAGAUUCCUGCCCUACCUCGUCCCGCCGUGGCAGUACGAAACCGCUGCGCUGUUGAAUUGUCACGCCGGCGCCGCCUUUCGUACUGGACAGGACAUGAUGCAGACGCCGACGCUGACAAAGUGGAUGGACAGCACCACUGUGAGCGAGAGCGCUAGUAGGAUUUUUGCGAGGUACAGAGGAAGUUUCUUAGUGACGUUUCUCCUGAUGAGCUUUCCGGGAACUGGACAUGAAAAUCAGAAAGAAAAGCGCGAUCUGGUAGAGGUGAUGUGCCUGCUGGGGAAGAAGUAGUGUAGGACUCCCCUCACAAUAUUACUCACAGGCUGGAGCCAAAGGAUGGCAAGAGCAGCGACGUUUUCUAUGUCGACGGAGAGCGUGUUUAUGUACCGCUACCAGUGCCAGACACACGGCAGAGAAAAAGCGUCGAUGCGCUCUCUCACGAGCUACGCAAAAAUGCCACGGACCAAAACAAGCGGACACGUUUUCCAGUUGGUGUUUGGUCACACGGAGUUAAGCACCCAAGUACUAAUUCUACCUACUACGUCUACGGAGUUUGACCGUCUUCCGGUGCAUGUGCAUUCUUUCAUCUGGCGACGAGUCAAAAAUGUUGAAGAAAGUAAAACCGCAACUCCCUUUGCAAUUUGAUUUGAGUUUGACCCUUCGCUAUUACAGGGGCCGAUCGGCUAUUUCACCAAACGACUAGGGCUGGCCACCUUCUCUGGAUAUGGUCCGCCACGUUUCCGCACCGCUUGCGUUUCGAGUGCCAUCCCGUAGACGACCUACUGGCGAACGUGCUGGACAGCUGUCGCUUCGGCUUCUCAAAGCACCUGGCCGGCCACUGUCGGGAGGAGUUCAGCAAAGAUUGGCAGCACUGCAGCUGGGGCAUUAUUUGUGAAACAAAAAUUUGGACUAGAGGCCUUGCGAAGCCGGCGCAUGUCUAUAGUCGCUGCAUUUUGCACCUCGCGGAGAUUACACCACCAGAAGACCCGGCUUUUUUUGGUUCUGGGACCGAAGAAAAUAACGGCUCCGCCACGGUGUGCAUGGUACUUAGUUUUAGAUGCUGACUUAGUUAUGAGCUAUUCGCGCUCGCGACUACCUUGUGCCCGUAGAUAAAAGCAAGAUAGUGCCCAUUUCAGAAGUCAUUUGAUUUUCAGGAUGAGAGCCUCAACUUUUGCCCUACCUGCCCACAAAAAUCUACAGCAAGUGGGCCUCACUAACGACAAAGCGACAGCUUGCGAAAGAGUGUGGAUCGUGCUUGCUGCUGUGGUUUUCCUCCUCGCUGUGGUGCUCGGCGGACGCCGCAACCAAAAAAGACUAGACUGUCGGAGCCGGC